UUCAUCAGUCACACACCUCAGAGACAGGAGGUGGAGCUCUGUUCAUCAGUUCUGACGUUAUUUUGAUAUAUAUGGAGAAAGUGAAAGAUGCCUCAUCUGAUUUGUUAUUGAGGCUGUGUGAUGAUUUUCUCUCGUCUUUCUAAUAAGGUAACAGUGCGUGUGAUUGGCGGCCGUCUCUCUCCCUCUGUCUGUCUCUCUGUCUGUCUCUCUGUGGGGGGCUGAAUGAGGGGAUACACUUCUCUCAGUCUCUCUGGGCGAGUGGAGGUGAACACAUCGUGUACAGCGAGGAGGGAGAUGGAAAUCUGUCUGACUUUAAUUCUUCUCUCAUCCACACUCACACUCACAGCAGCUGACAAUGUGAGGUUGGUGAAUGGUGGAAGUCGCUGUUCUGGGAGAGUGGAGGUUCUUCAUGAUGGACAGUGGGGAACAGUGUGUGGUGAUGACUGGGACAUGAACGAUGCUGCAGUGGUGUGUAGAGAGCUGCACUGUGGGGAGGCUGUAAAUGCACCACGAUACGGUCAUUUUGGACCAGGAUCAGGACCAAUCUGGAUUGAUGAUGUGCAAUGUAAUGGAUCAGAAUCAACACUGAAGGACUGUUGGUCAUCAGGUUUGGGGGAAAGUAACUGUGGCCAUGAUAAAGAUGCUGGAGUCACCUGCUCAGAGAGUGUGAGGUUGGUGAAUGGUGGAAGUCGCUGUGCUGGGAGAGUGGAAGUUCUUCAUGAUGGACAGUGGGGAACAGUGUGUGGUCGUAACUGGGAUAUGAACGAUGCUGCAGUGGUGUGUAGAGAGUUGCACUGUGGGGAGGCUGUAAAUGCACCACAAUUCGGUCACUUUGGACCAGGAUCAGGACCAAUCUGGAUGAAUGAUGUGCGCUGUAAUGGAUCAGAGUCGACACUGAUGGACUGUAGGUCAGAUGGGAGGGGGGAACGUGAUAGCUGUGUACAUGCUCAUGAUGCUGGAGUCACCUGCUCAGGUCACAGAAUGUCGAGACUCAGUGCUGGUCCUCACCGGUGCUCUGGGAGAGUGGAGGUGUUUCAUGGAGGUUCCUGGCCCACGGUGUGUGAUGCUGACUUUGACCAGCAGGAUGCAGAGGUUGUGUGUCGAGAGCUGGACUGUGGGAUUCCUGUGAAGGUUCUGGGAUCAGCUGCUUUUGGCCGAGGGGAGGGUCAGAUGUGGACAGAGGAGCUUCAGUGUAGAGGAAAGGAAUCUGGGAUUUACUUCUGUCCAUCAUCAUCUUCACUUAAACCCUCAACCUGUUCCCAUGAAAAUGAUGUGGGAUUAAUAUGUUCUGGUCACACAGAGGCACGGCUGGUGAACGGACCGGACUCCUGUUCUGGUCGAGUGGAGCUCCUGUACCUCGGUGUGUGGGGCACAGUUUGUGCUGUAAGCUGGGAUAUGAGAGCUGCAGAUGUUCUGUGUGCACAGCUGGAUUGUGGGAGUGCUGUGGCUGUGGUGGACUGGUUUGGGGAGGGGAGUGACCACAUCUGGGCUGAUGUGUUUGAUUGUCAGGGGAAGGAGACACACCUAUCACAAUGUGGCAUCUCAACAUGGAGUCGAGCUGCAUGCUCUCAUAAAAAUGAUGCUGGAGUCAUCUGUAAUGGAUCCUCUGAGGCGCUUCAUGAGAGGCGAGUGCGGUUGUCUGGAGGGAGCGAGUGUCAGGGGAAGGUGGAGAUAUAUUUCAGGCAGGACUGGAGGAGAGUUCUCCUGGACUUGUGGAGUCUUUCUGAGGCGUCUGUGCUCUGCAGACAGCUGGGCUGUGGCUCUGUGCUGAACUACAGCUCCUCUCCAUCCACCACUGAACACAAACACAUGUGUGUAACAGGUUUCAGCUGCUCUGGGAGUGAAGAUCAUCUGAGGAACUGCAGCAGUGCACAAGCUGAAAAUGUCAACUGCAGCUCCGGGGAACAUCUCUACAUCACCUGCUCAGAUCCCAGCUCCAUCAGGCUGGUUGGUUCUGGGGGAGACUGUGCAGGAAGGCUGGAGGUUUUCCACAGCGGCUCGUGGGGGACUGUGUGUGAUGACUCGUGGGGUAUUGAGGAUGUUCAGGUGGUGUGCAGACAGCUGCAGUGUGGAGAGGCCCUCAGUAACCACACACCAGCCUGGUUUGGUCCUGGAACUGGGUCCAUAUGGCUGAAUAAGGUGGAGUGUGAGGGGAACGAGACGUCCCUGUGGAACUGCAGAUAUCAGCUGUGUGAAGAGGGUGAAUGUGUACACCAUAAGGACGUAGGAGUCGUCUGCUCAGAGUUUAAAGAGAUCCGACUCACGAAGGGCUGUGAGGGGAAUCUGGAAGUGUUCUACAAUGGAACCUGGGGUAAUGUGUGUUACAAUCAGAUGGAUGAUGAGCUAGAAACAGCAAACAUGGUGUGUGGAGAGCUGAAUUGUGGAAAACUCGAACACUUGGUCUCAAACAGAGCGAGAGUCGAAUCUGCUCCUAACUGGCUGGAUCAUGUGAAAUGUAGGAAACACGACUCUAAUCUGUUGCAGUGUCCAUCUUCACCUUGGGGACAGAACAGAUGUGAUAAUCAUAAUGAAGUGGUUCAUAUUACCUGCACAGGUAAGAGGACUUUCUCUAUUCUACGUUCUCAAGGGACAUGCUCAUCAUUUCCUCUUCAGAAAUACUGCUCAAAACACUGGUCUCUCAGGCUGAGUGGAGGAAAGGGAAGCUGCUCUGGGAGGUUGGAGGUGUAUCAUAACUCUACGUGGGGUUCCGUUUGUGAUGAUCAGUGGAACAUCAUGAACGCUAAGGUGGUGUGCAGACAGCUGGGCUGUGGGUCGGCGCUGAGUGCUGAUGUUCGGGUUGGUUCUGGUGAAGGGACUUUCUGGCUGAACAGAGUGAAGUGUCGAGGCGAUGAGAUUCACCUGUGGGACUGUCAUCAUUCCCUGAAGAAACACACUGACUGCUCUCCUGUUGGAGUCACCUGUGCAGUUCUAAAUAUUUCUGAUCACAGCGUCAUAUCAAGAUCCUCUUCUGUGUUUUUGACCUCAGUAAGAACCGAUCUAAACCCUGUGUCACCUGGACCUCCAUCCUUCCCUCCACUGGUUCUCUAUGUGUUGGGAACGCUGCUCUUCCUGGCCUUAGUGCUUCUGCUGGUACUGUUUUACCAGAACAGAGUGCUCAAGAGAGUUGUUUCUAGAAUGAGGCGUAAGUCUGAGCCUGAGGCAGUCUAUGAGGAGAUCAACCACAGACAGAUGGCUAGAAGACGCUCCACACAAAGAGGAAGUCUCCUCUCUGAAGAACAGCAUUCUGGGUAUGAGCAUGUGGAUGAUGAGCUUCUCUCAGUAAAGUCUGGGAUCAAAGACAAGUCUGAGUAUUAUGAUGAUGUCAUGGACACCAGUGACAUCAAAAGUGAUCCAGGAAGAGUCGACCCACCAGAGGACUACGACGAUGCCGUCACUGCUGGACCCAUCCCUGAUAAUGUGGAUGAGGAUGAAGCUGAGAAUUAUGAUGACGCCAUUACAGCUGAU